GGAACGAGACCAAUCACCGGUCAGAGGCGCGCUCCGCAAUGCAGUAGUGACCGCGCAUGCCCAUUACGGGCCGGGAAGAGAUCAUGUCUGGAGGCAGCGGCGUGAGCGCGGAGAUCCUGAGGGAUAAGCUGAGGAGGGAGCUGCAGGCGGAGCAUGUGGACGUACAGGACACGUCGCCCGAUCACUGCUCCACCAGCUUCAAAGUACUUGUGGUGUCUCCUCUGUUUGAAGGGAAGCCGCUCCUGCAGAGACACCGGCUGGUGAACGGCUGUCUGUCCGAGGAGCUCCAGCAGAUCCAUGCGUUCGAGCAGAAGACGCUGACUCCGGCUCAGUGGGAGCAAGAAAAGCAAAAAUAAGGAGACGGACGCCGUGUCGGAGGGACUGCAGCGCGAAUCGGACGCACUCACCGACCCCGCUCCAUUAACAGCGUAUUUUUUUUUAACCCUGCGAAGGACUUACAGCGGCUCUAAAGGAGUUAAUGCCCACAGAUAAUAAAUUAUGUUAACCGUG